AUGAAGGCAACUCCUGGUCCUGGGCAAACCCUGGAGGGAGGAGGCGGAGGGCAGCAGGCCUGCUCCGGGAGGGGGAGGGGGAAGGGCGAGCGCAGCCUCGACGCCAGCGGGGAAUCCUAUCCCCCGAAUCGGCCCACCCAGCGCCGUCCCCAUCGCGCCCGCAUCCACUCAGGGGCGGGGGGCGGCUCGCGUCAGCGCGGGGCGGAAACCCCCCGCAUUUACCCCGAGCUCUUGCCCCGGGCCCGAGACUUGCCCCCCCGCAGUCGGCGACCGGCAGCGCUGCCUCCCCGUCCGCCAUUAGAGACCCGGCCAAACAAUACGUGCGGAGCCGAGCCGCGCGCGCGCCGGGGCCGGGUCGGCAGAGAAGGGGACCGGCGCGGGGGGCCCGAGCCCUCGCCGGCAAACUUGGGGACCUCGCGCCGCCGCCGAGAGGGUGCGAGCGCGGCCCCGAGCACCCAUGGAGGCGCCCCUCCCCCACCCCGCCCCACCCCCACCCCACCCCCGCGACCCCCGCCGCCGGCCCCCGCCCCGGGCGGCCCCGAGCGACCCCCGCCGCCGGCGGCCGCCUCACCCGGCCCUCGCGGCCGCGCCCGCACUCCCGCAGCCCGCGGGCCGCCCGCCAAGGCGCCUGGGACAUCAGCGGAGCCGCCGGCAGCCCGAGGCCCCGACGCGCUAGCGGCGACGGCGGCCGCGCCGCGGGGCGCUUGUCCCGGGUCGGUGGGAGGCUCCGGAGGCCGCCCUCACCCAUCUCCGCCUCCCGGCGCCUCCGCCUCCGCCUCCGCCUCCGGAGGCUGCGCCGCUCCCGGCCACCCCCACUGUCGGCGGCCCUGGGCUGGAGACUCGGCGGGGACAAGCCUCACCCGGUUCUGGCUGCGGCUCCGCGGAACGAACCUCCCCGCCCCCGACCCCCCCCCCCCUUCGGCAACACGCGCAACUCCGCUCGGUCCAGUCCCGGCUUUAGCGCUGGUGAGUAGGCGGAGGCUGCGGCCGCGGCGGCGCGGCCCGGCCCGGCAAGCCCCGCCCCCGACGCCCUCACUGGCGGCCGGGGAGGGCGGGCCAGGGGCCUCGGGCACGCCCAUUGGCUGCGUCCGCCUUCCUUCAGGACCCCCCUCGAGGGGGUGGUCCGACGCCCUGUCUUUCAGGCGUAGGCCACACCCCCGCACCUCCAUUUCCCCCCUUCCCCGCCCCCACUCCGGCCCGGCCCGUCAGGGUCGGGCCGCUGACUGCCGUGCCCGCCGCACCCGCCUCGGUUCGGCCCCUGGGGGCAGAGAGCUAUCGGGGCCGGGCGGCCCGAGGGCCUAA